UCUAGUUCAUUUGUCAUGGUUCUGAUACUAUUCAUAAUCUGUGCAACUUUGUAGAGAACUGCAGCUUGUUUAAAUCAAGAAAGCUGUGUUUGUUUUGAUUUUCAAUUUUAUCUUAAAAUCACAGGGAUUGGAGAAAGUUGUGGCUGCUCUGACACCUUUUGCAGAGCAUAGAAAUUGUGCACUUCACGUGUACAUGAACUGGAAGAAGGAGCAUAAGGGUGCAACUUUGAAAAUUUUCUUUUGGAGGGCUGUUAGAAGCACUUAUCUUGAGGAGUACAAGACAUGAUACUAUAUGUCCUAACAUUAGAAAGAAGCUUGAGAAGGUUAGGGCAACAUGUGGAAAUUGUGUUGUUCAUCCUGCACUGGGGGGAAAGUUCGAGGUCCACCAUUACAAUGAUAAAUUUGUUGUGCACUUAGGGAACCGUAGUUGCACUUGUAGAGUUUGGGACCUAUCUGGCAUACCUUGUAUGCAUGUGGUGGCUGCCAUUCAUUUCAUGAAUCAUGAUCCAGUUCACUACGUGCAUCAAUAUUAUUCUGUCGAGAAAUAUUUGCUAGGAUAUCAAUGUGGACUAGAACCUGUUAGAGGGGAAAAAAUGUGGCCAGAGGUUUCUGGAUUUAAGGUGAAGCCACCUAUGAUCUUAAAAAAAGCUGGAAGGCCCAAAAAGAAAAGAAUUAGGGGCAUUGCUGAACGAGAUCCAGCAAAUCCGAAUAAGUUGAAGAAGGAUGGGAUGCAAAUGGCUUGCAAAAACUGUGGAGGAGUAGGGCAUAACAAACGACCGUGCAAGGUAGAUCGAGUGGAGCUUCCAACCAAAGAAAAGGGGAAAAGAGGACAGUCGGCUAAACAAAAUCCACCUGUAGCAGCAGCUUCUACAUCCAUGGGUAAGUCAAGAAAAACACCACAAGCAAGUGAAGCAUCUACUAUUGCCAAAGAGAGGAACUUUGCUAGAUAAGGUGUUGGUGUCUUCAUAGCUGAGGGAACUGGGAAUAUCUAUACUCAUGCGCCAUUACAGAGAAGAGUGUAUCAUGUACAUUGUGAUAGAGGAGUAACUUCAAACUCUACUCAAAAUCAAGUACUGUCUUCCACACAAGAAAGCAUUAAUGCCUCUGAUAAUGCACCCAUGGAUUAGAUAGGUUUAUAGCAUUCUUUCAUGUUACUUGGGUUUUGAUGUUGUAAGCCUGAAGCAUCUAUAUCUGUUUUGUGGAAACGUUUUCCAUUUGGAACUUUAAUUUGUGUUGU